AUGAGAGAUCUCUUAAAGGGACAGGAACAACUUAGUUCACCGUUGACGAAUACAGUGGAUUAUGAUCAGGACCAAGACAACAUUUUUGAAAAGGAAAGGGCUCUCAAAAAUCAAGAAGAGGAUGAUGCUCAACAAAAGGUGGAAAAAGAAGAAGAUGAAUAUAAGAAAGAGGACUUAAACCUAUGCUUGUCUUCCUGUUUUCUUCUAGAAGCAGCAAUCAUUUUAAUGAUGAAUGCAAAGAUAGGCAAUGAAUCCUCUGUCUCUGAAUUUCUACUCCUGGAGUUUUCAGCUGUACGGGAACUGCAGAUUCUAUACUUCUCUCUGUUCCUGUUAUUGUACCUGGCAACUGUAUUUGGGAAUCUUCUCAUCAUCUCUGCUGUAGCUUUUGACCACCACCUUCACACUCCCAUGUACUUCUUUCUGAUGAACCUGGCCAUACAGGACAUAGGGGCUGUUUCAGUCACCAUCCCCAAAUCUAUGGCCAAUUCUCUCAUGAAUAUCAGACACAUAUCUUAUGCUGGAUGUGUUGCUCAAGUGCUUUCGUUAUUUUUCUUUUUAUCAUCUGAUGUCGCCCUUCUUACAGUCAUGGCAUACGAUCGCCAUGUUGCAAUUUGCAAUCCCUUACAAUAUGAAAUGGUGAUGAACAGGGCAGCCUGCAAACAAAUGGUUGGUGGUGUGUGGGUUGCUGGCCUUCUCAAUGCUGUCAUGCACACUAGUGCAACUUUUGCAACCCCUUUCUGUUCAAACAUUGUCAAUCAGUUUUUCUGUGAGAUCCCACAGUUACUUACACUUGCCUGCUCUAAUCUCUACCUAGUAGAAAUUGGAGUCUUGUUGCUGAGCAUAGCAUUUGCGUUUGGAUGUUUUGUCUUCAUUGUUGUCACUUAUGUGCACAUUUUUACUGCAGUUCUGAAACUCCCUUCUGUACAGGGAAGGAAAAAGGCCUUCUCCACUUGCAUACCCCACCUUGUUGUCUUCUCUGUGUUUUGUUUCACACCAUCUUUUGCGUACCUUAGGCUUCCCUCUAAAACUCCAUCUGACCUGGACUUUGCAUUAACUGUGAUGUAUACCAUUGUCCCACCCUUGUUCAAUCCAAUAAUUUACAGCAUGAGAAAUAAGGAGAUAAAAAAUGCUUUAUCAAAGCUGUUGGGUUUGAGGCAAUCUUCUCUGAAAAGGUGGAAGUUUACAUACUUUGAUGGAUUUGUGUUGGACUCCUGGGACCAAGGCUUAACAAACACCGCUGCUGCUUUUUGUGGGACUCCUGAGUCCAAGGAACAAAGGAACACAAUUGCUGAUUUGUUUGAGGCUCUUGAGACCAAACUCCCAGGAACAUAA